CUUAUCCAUUGUGAUCUCCUCAGUCGGAUUGCGAUUUAGAGUUACGAUCCUGUUUUUUUUCUCCGAUUGCGAGGCCGAUCUCCAAAUAUCUCACCAUUUCGGUUUCCCUUUCGUUGUCGAUGGUUCGGAACGCCUUCUUUUGAUCCAAGAAAAUGGCUGAUAUGAAGCCUGGGUUGAGAAAACCAGUAUUCACCAAGGUUGAUCAGCUUCGGCCCGGAACCAAUGGGCAUACAUUGACAGUUAAGGUGGUGGACUCCAAGAUGGUCCUGCAGAAGAAGCGCCCUGAUGGGCCUCAAGUACGUCAAAUGCGUAUUGCAGAAUGCUUGGUUGGUGAUGAAACUGGCAUGAUUCUCGUCACUGCUAGGAAUGAGCAGGUGGACAUGAUGACGCCAGGGACCACAUUAAUUCUCCGGAAUGCAAAGAUUGAUAUGUUCAAGGGAUCCAUGAGACUUGCUGUGGACAAAUGGGGCCGUAUUGAAGUGACCGAUCCAGCAGAUUUCACUGUGAAAGAGGAUAAUAACCUAUCUCUGGUGGAAUAUGAACUGGUGAAUGUUGUCGAAGAGUGACUUGGUUUCGCCGUGCUGAUACUCUACCUAUGUGCUGAGCAAAUCAAACGUAAUAUACUCUUCUAUGUAUCUGGUGGUUAGCAAGUUGUUUUUACAUCCUCCAAGCAUCCGCAACUAUGGAGCAGCCCAGACAAACUAAUUUUAGGACAUCAAGGUGCAAUCAAGAUAAAGCUACAAGCAGAUCUGAGCAAUGCAUGCUUGUCGAAGCCUAUGAUGGUAAUUGUUUGAACUUUGUUUGGCUUGUCCAAAAGUUAGUCCAUGUUGUGUUGUUACUGGCUGUUUAAUUUGGUUCUGAGAAUGUCUUUGUGGUCUUUGCUCAUGUGACAACACAUCCAUGAAUAAAUAUCAAAUUAUCGAGAAG